AUGAAAACCAAAUGGUUACCAUUUUUUCACACACCAUUUCUCUUCAUUAUUUUGGUACACGUAGCAUUUUCGUCGCUUGUCCACACGACGGUGGCACAGAACGGCACCAACGUUGUUGUUGGUGAUCGUCGGGCAUUGCUCGAUAUCAAGUCCAUGAUACGAGAUGACCCACAAGGUGUCAUGACCACAUGGAACGCCUCGAGUGCUAACUUUUGCCAAUGGCAAGGUGUUACUUGCAGCCCGCGUCACCAAAGGGUUACCCUCUUGGAUCUUCAAUCUAGUGGUUUACUCGGUUCGUUGUCACCUUCCAUUGGAAACCUAAGCUUUCUAAGAGGCAUUCGCCUCCAAAACAACUCAUUUUCGGGCGAUAUCCCACCUGAAGUUGGCCGUCUGUUUAGACUAGAAGAACUACGUCUAUACAACAAUUCUUUCACUGGAACCAUUCCAUCUACUAUAAGUAACUGCACAAAUCUACAAGUCCUUCACUUGGGUUACAACAAAUUAGUUGGUAAUAUUCCAGAUUGGAUCGGUUCGUUAACUAUGUUAAACAUACUCAUUAUCCAUGGCAACAUUUUAAAAGGCGGCAUUCCACGGUUCAUUGGAAACCUGACAUUUCUUGAAGCUCUUUCGCUCGGUGAAUGCCAGCUCAGUGGAAGCAUUCCAGACGUCUUCCACCGGCUUACUGGCCUCAGAAGGCUAGCAUUUCCUGGAAAUAACCUUGUUGGUAACAUCCCACCUUCUCUGUUUAAUGUUACAACUUUAGAGCAAGUAUUUCUAGAUGGUAAUCAACUCACUGGUAGACUACCAGAUAACCUAGGUGCAAUAAAUCCUGGUCUAGAAGUACUUUCUUUGCCCGAUAACCGAUUAACAGGUCCCCUGCCACCUUCUCUUCUUAGUUCACCACAACUAGCUGUCCUAGAUGUAGCCCGGAACAAUCUAUCUGGAAAAUUAGUACUUACUACUUCUCGUGAUACUUGUAAUUUAAAUAUAGUGUCUUUAAGUUCGAAUAGUUUUGGAAGUGGAGACGAUGAUGAAUUGAAAUUCGUAGAUGAUUUGUCGAUAUGCAGAGACUUAGGAGCGUUAGAUCUUGGUUUCAAUCAGUUAAGAGGUUUUCUACCUCAAUCUUUAGGGAACUUGUCGAGUACUUUGUACUUUCUAAGAGUGGCGUCGAAUGGUUUUACUGGCAGUUUGCCUUCAUCCAUUGGUAAUCUUGCCGGUGUGACAUUACUAGACUUGUCUAGUAAUCAAUUCACGGGUACACUUCCAAUGACUAUUGGUAAUCUUGAAAACAUAAGAAUGAUAGAUUUUUCCAACAAUUCAUUCUCAGGAAGUAUUCCUGGCUCAUUAGGAAACCUGCCAUUAAUGAUUGAACUUCAUUUGAGUUCAAACCAAUUGAACGGGUCCAUACCAUCUAGCUUAGGGAACUGUAAGAGACUAAUAAGGUUAAACCUCGACCGAAAUAACCUUAUUGGAUCCAUACCUAGGCAACUAUUCGAACUCACAUCGCUUUCCAUAAGCUUGAAUUUGGGUAAUAACCAAUUGUCAGGUCAAAUUCCUGUAGAGGUAGGCAACCUUAGGAGCUUAACAGAAAUUAUCCUGGAAAAUAAUCGCUUGUCAGGUGAGCUUCCAAGCAGUCUUGGAAGCUGCAGCAGCCUGCAGACUCUAAACAUAAGCAACAACUUGUUUUCGGGAUCACUUCCACCAUCGUUGGGAUCUUUACGAGCGCUUGAGAACUUUGACAUCUCACAUAACAACUUCACUGGGCGGAUUCCAGCUUACUUGGAAGUAAUCCCUUUGGAGCAUCUCAACAUAUCAUUCAACGGUUUUGAGGGCGAGGUGUUGAGAAAAGGAGUUUUUUCUAACACAACUGCAGUUUCUGUUGUUGGCAAUGGUGGGCUUUGUGGUGGUGUACCUGAACUCGGGUUACCUAAGUGCAAUAUUAAAAAGAAAAAUAAGUUGAGUCUUGCAGUUAUAUUAGUGAUUUCUAUAGUUUCAGGUCUGCUUUGCUUGGCCAUAGUAGUGAUGUGUUUCGUGUGCUACGGACGAAAAAGGGAUGUGGAGGAUGAUCCAUCUGAGCCUACAUCCGGGGAGUCCCACGUUCAGGUUUCUUACGAAAUGCUCCACAAAGCAACUGAUGGGUUUUCCACAAAAAACUUCGUCGGUGACGGUAGUUAUUCUUCUGUUUAUAGAGGAUGUUUCGAUGGUGGUGUAGUUGUUGCUAUAAAAGUACUAAACCUUCAUCGCCGAGGAGGUUCCAAGAGCUUCAUAUCUGAGUGUGAAGCUUUAAGAAAUACCCGACAUAGGAACCUAAUAAAGGUCAUAACUUGUUGCAGUGGCAUCGACUUCCAAGGCAAUGAAUUCAAAGCCAUUGUUUACGACUUCAUGCCUAAUGGAAGUUUAGAUCAAUGGCUGCAUAAUGGGGAAAACGAGCUCACUCGACUAAAUUUACUUCAAAGAGUGUGUAUAGCAUUGGAUGUGGCUAAUGCACUCGAUUAUCUUCAUCAUCAUGCCGGAAAAACUAUUGUUCACUGCGAUCUGAAACCAAGCAACAUUCUUCUCGACGAUGACAUGGUUGCACAUGUUGGUGAUUUUGGGCUCUCAAAGGUUCUUCAACCCGAAUACCAAAAUAGACAUAAUAGCAGUUCAGCUGGAGUCAGAGGAACCAUUGGGUAUGCAGCUCCAGAAUAUGGGCUUGGGAGCAAAGUGUCAAGGAGCGGAGAUAUGUAUAGUUUUGGGAUAAUAUUGCUGGAGAUGAUCAUAAGUAAGAAACCUACUGAUGCCGUGUUUGGAGAUGGGCUCAGCCUGCACAACUAUGCCAAGACAGCCAUGAGUGACGGCGUACUAGGGGUUGUUGAUCCAGUACUUCUGAACGACGAUGGGAAGUAUGCAGCGGGAGCUAAUAAGGAAGAAAAUACAGGUAGCAUGAAUAAUGAAACUUGUUUGCGUCUGUUGCUCGAGAUAGGGGUGACAUGUUCCAUGGAGUCACCUCAGUAUCGAAUGGACACAACCAGCGUCGUCCAAGAGCUGCACUUGAUAAAGGAUGGACUUUUAGGGAACUCUACCAGUUUUUUGUCCUCAGUUUGAACUUGUGAACGAUAAAUUUCAACAAUGUACAUGUUUAUUAUGGCUGAAAUGUGUUAUUUUGGAAAUCAACUGUAUUUAGCAUAUUUGGCCAGUGAAUCUAUAUCUAAGUUUAA